GCGCCGCCGCCGCUGCCGCCGCCGCCGCCGCCGCGGCUAGAGGGCGGGAGGCUGGGGGAGGGUAGCGGAGCCGGCGCCGCCGCCAUGUUGGGUCUUAGGCGACUGCUGUAGGCGCCGACGGAGCGAGCGGGCGUGCGGAGCGGCGACAGCGGCGUGGGAUCUGCCUCUCUGCGAGCGGCCCGGAGCGGCGGCGGUGGUGGCGCCAUGAGCGGGGGCACCCCUUACAUCGGUAGCAAGAUCAGCCUCAUCUCUAAGGCGGAGAUCCGCUACGAGGGCAUCCUCUACACCAUCGACACCGAGAACUCCACCGUAGCCCUCGCCAAAGUUCGAUCCUUUGGUACCGAGGACAGACCAACAGAUCGUCCAAUACCACCUCGAGAUGAAGUCUUUGAAUACAUUAUUUUCCGUGGGAGUGAUAUUAAAGACCUCACUGUUUGUGAGCCACCAAAACCACAAUGUUCUUUGCCUCAAGACCCUGCUAUCGUUCAGUCUUCCCUAGGCUCAUCUGCUUCUUCAUUCCAAUCAGUGGGUUCUUAUGGACCUUUCGGCAGGAUGCCAACAUACAGCCAAUUCAGUCCAAGUUCAUUAGUUGGGCAGCAGUUUGGUGCUGUUGGUGUUGCUGGAAGCUCCUUGACCUCCUUUGGAACAGAAACAUCAAACAGUGGCACCUUAUCCCAAAGUAGUGCGGUGGGCUCCACCUUUGCACAGGAUACGAGAUCUCUAAAAACACAGUUAUCUCAAGGUCGUUCAAGCCCUCAGUUAGACCCUUUGAGAAAAAGCCCAACCAUGGAACAAGCAGUACAGACCGCCUCGGCCCACUUACCUGCUCCAGCACCUGUUGGGAGAAGGAGCCCUGUAUCAACCAGGCCUUUGCCAUCUACCAGCCAAAAAGCAGUAGAGAAUCAAGAGCACAGGCGAGCUGAAGUACAUAAAGUAUCAAGACCAGAAAAUGAGCAACUCAGAAAUGAUAGCAAGAGACAAGUAGCUCCAGGUGCUCCUUCAGCUCCAAGAAGAGGGCGUGGGGGUCAUCGAGGUGGCAGAGGAAGAUUUGGUAUUCGGCGAGAUGGUCCAAUGAAAUUUGAGAAAGACUUUGACUUUGAAAGUGCAAACGCACAAUUUAACAAGGAGGAGAUUGACAGAGAGUUUCAUAAUAAACUUAAAUUAAAAGAAGAUAAACUUGAGAAACAAGACAAGCCUGUAAAUGGUGAAGAUAAAGGAGACUCAGGAGUUGAUACCCAGAACAGUGAAGGAAAUGCCGAUGAAGAAGAUCCACUGGGACCGAACUGCUACUAUGACAAAACUAAGUCCUUCUUCGAUAAUAUUUCCUGUGAUGAUAAUAGAGAACGAAGACCUACAUGGGCUGAAGAAAGGAGAUUAAAUGCAGAAACAUUUGGAAUCCCACUUCGUCCAAACCGUGGCCGUGGCGGGUACAGAGGCAGAGGAGGUCUCGGUUUCCGUGGUGGUAGAGGGCGCGGUGGUGGCAGAGGUGGUACCUUCACCACCCCUCGAGGAUUUCGUGGCGGAUUCAGAGGAGGUCGUGGGGGCAGGGAGUUUGCAGAUUUUGAAUAUAGGGUAAGUAUUAUUAUAUACUUUGUGGUUGGUACGCAGCUUUAUGAAACUCAACAUUUUUAUUUUUAUCUAUUUUUGUUUUGUUUUGUUUUUUUUGAGGGCAUUAGAAUAACCUCCCUUUUGACUUUUUCAAUGGAGGAUAUACCUCAUUAGGAUGUUUAUAUAAUCCUCCAGGCAGGAGGAUCACUUGAGGCCAGGAAUUUGAUACCAGCCUAGUUAACAUACAAAGACCUUGUCUGUACAAAAAAUUUUAAAAGUUAGCCUCACCUCCCAUAGCACAGUGGUUAUAGCACCGGCCAUAUACACCAAGGCUGGCAGAUUUGAACCCAGCCCAGGCCAGCUAAAUAAUGACAGCUGCAACAAAAAAUAGCCGGUGUUGUGGCCAGUGCCUGUAGUCCCAGCUACUUGGGAGGCUGAGGCAAGAGAAUCACUUAAACCCAAGAGUUGGAGGUUGCUGUGAGUUGUGACACCAUUGCACUCUACGAGGGCAAGAUGAUACUCUGUCUCAAAAACAGAAAAAGAAUUCUAACACUUUGCUCAGGUUCUUUUUCCCCAUUCCUUCUGCCUGAGGAGUUCCAUUGGCCCCUUCUCCUGAGCAGUCAUGCUAGUGUUUACACACUUACUCUCACUCAUAGUGUGCUUAUUUGUUGGCAAGAUCUCUGUCUUUCUCCCUUUCUCCCUCUCCCUCCCUCCGCCUCCCUUCCUUUUUUUUUUUGCAGUUUUUGGCCAGGGCUGGGCUUGAACCUGCCACCUCUAGCAUAUGGGGCCAGUGCCCCACUCCUUUGAGCCACAGGUGCUGCUCCCUCCCUCCCUUUUAUGAACUUGUCCACUGGUAGCUUCUAACCAGUUUUCCAUCUUGGACUUUGUAUGUUUCUGCACUGCAUUUCUCUUACUCAUCUGCCUUGUAUCUUGCUGUUGAACUCUCAUAAUUGGAGAACAGUUGAAGAAUAGACCAAUCAUAAACCUCUUCUGUAGUGUCCUCCCUUGUGGGAGCUGGGAGCUUACUCCUCCGAAGGCAUCCGUCCCAUCCCACAAAUACAUUGUUCACAUUUAACAGGCACACGAAAUGAGUAAAAAAUUUUUCCUGUGUCUUCAGCCUACCUGUUGGUUUGAGUCUACCCUUGUAAGUACACAGAAUGUAGAUAACAUUGCUUCGUGAUAAGUUUUUUGGAUAUAUGAAAAAAUAGCUGUUCUGUUUCCUGUGUAUGGCUGGAUCGUUAUAUCUUUCUCUUAAUACUCGUUAACAAAUCUUUGUUGAGCAACCACUGUGUGCUGCUACAUGUUUUUUUUUUUUUGUUUUUGGUUUUUUGAGACGGGGUCUGACUAUGUUGUCCUGGGUAGAGUGCCGUGACAUCAUAGUUCACAGCAACCUCAAAUUCAUGGGCUUAAGCAAUCCUCUUGCCUCAGCCUCCUGAGUAGCUGGGACUACAGGCACUCACUACAACACUGGUUGGUUUUUAGACAUAGGGGUCUCACUGUUGUUCAGGCUGGUUUUAAAUUCCUUAGCACAAGCAAUACACCGUCUCGGCCUUCCAGAGUGUUGGUAUAACAGGCGUGAGCCACCACGCAAAGCCUCAUAUACUUUUUUUGAGACAGAGUCAUAUUCUAUUGCCCAUGCUAGAGUUCUGUGGUGUCAGCCUAGCUCUCAACAACCUCAAACUCCUGGGUUUAAGCGAUCCUCCUGCCUCAGCCUCCUGAGUGCCUGAGACUACAGGUGCCUGCCAUAACACCUGGCUAGUUUUUUCUAUUAGUAGAGAUAUGGUCUUGCUCUUGUUCAGGUUGGUAUCAAACUCCUGAGCUCAAUAGAUCGUCCCACUACCUCCCAGAGUGCUGGGAUUACAGGGGUGAAUCAUCACACCUGGAUUUCAUGCAUUUUUUUUUUUUUUUUUUUUAAACAGAAUCUUGGCUCCACACCUGUAACUCAAGCGCCUAGGGCACCAGCCACAUACACCAGAGCUGGCGGGUUUGAAUCCAGCCUGGGCCUGCCAAACCACAAUGACAAGUACAACCAAAAAAUAGCCAGGCAUUGUGGCAGGCACCUGUAGUCCCAGCUACUUGGGAGGCUGAGGCAAGAGAAUCACUUAAGUCCAGGAGUUGGAGGUUGCUGUGAGCUGUGAUGUCACAGUACUCUACCCAGGGCAACAGCUUGAGAUUCUGUCUCAAAAAAAGAAAAGAGAAACAGUCUCAUUCUGUUGCCCUGGGUAGAGUGUUGUGGCGUCAUAGACCACAGCAACCUCAAACUCUUGGGUUCAAGCAAUCCUCUUGCCUCAGCCUCCCUAGUAGCUGGUGCUACAGGUGCCUGCUACCACACCCAGCUAGCUUUUCCAUUUUUAGUAGAGAUGAGGUCUCACUCUGGCUUAGCCUGGUCUCAAACUCCUGACCUCAAGUGAUCCUCCCAGAAUGCUAGGAUUACAGGCCUCAGCCACUGUGCCCAGCCCUGCAUUUACUUAUUAAUGCAAGCUUUUCUUUUUUAAGCCAUGUCAUGUUCAGUCAUUUUGAGUCUUUAUCCACACUUGUGUCUCCUUGACAGAUAGUCCAACCUCUGUCAGAGACUCAGUGGACCCUCAGGCAUUGCUCUGAUGAUUAGAAGGCUCUAAUAUUACAUUGUGCUGCCUGCUUUUCUUACCGUGUGAGGGUCCCACCUGAUAGAUUCAGCCCCUGUUUCUCAUUACCCUUCAACCUGUCUGAUUCAAGCAAGUUGCCUUGUGGUCAUCUUUUAUACACACUGUCCUGGAUUCCAACUGUAACCUAAUUUUCCAAAUACACAGAAUUCUCCAUGUUUGCCAGACACUGUGCUGGGCACUGGUGCUGACAAACAGAUGCAGUCCCGGCCUUUUUGGCAUUUAUGUCCUAGGUGCCCCCUUUCACCCUUCACAGUCUUGCCCAAGAUUUCCUCUGUCUCCUUGGCCUUCCUCCCCUGAAUUCCUCCUCUUCUGACCUUCUGUGUUUUCUUUGGCCAACUCAUUUUAAGUACAUGUUCUCCUCAUUUCAUGUGUUUUGUUUUGUUUUCUGUUACCAGCUAGAUGAGAUUGGCAUUAGGAAGUAUGUUUUACUUUUCUUUUUUUUUUUUUUUUAUAGAGA